AGGUCUUCUAAUGAUGUUGGCUGAGUAGCAUAGAUUUUGCUUUUUAAAUGACCCCACAUAAAGAAAUCCAAAGGUGAUAAAUCUGGCAAUCUUGGGGGCCAUUCAAUGGCACCUCUUCUACCAAUCCAUCGAUCUGGAAACGUCUGAUCUAAAUUUUGUCGAACACGUAAUGCGUAAUGUGGUGGGACACCAUCCUGUUGGAACAUCAACCUAUACGCAAUGUACCGCCGAUCAUUCUGAUUGUCAAUUAUGGCUGUUAAUGUAGGAUCUAUGGCGUCUUCCAGUAAUUCCAAAUACAUUUCACCCGUCAAAUUUCCAGAGAUGGAUUCUGACGAAGAAAUAUGUUUCAAUAACGAACCCCAGAUGGGGAGAACAGUGGAAGCCUCAGGUAACGAGGGGAAUGGUGAAGGCCCUCGACCCAAGAAGAAGGUUCGAUUUUCCAUCGGUAUUGAGGUCAAUGGAGAAGGCCCAUCUACUCUGGAAGAGACCGAAGACACCCCAGAUAUUGAGUGCAGUGGAGAAGGUCCAUCUACUCUGGAGGAGACCGAAGACACCCCAGAGAAAGAUACGAGCAUUAUUACCAUUUUGAGCUCUCCCAUCUCGGUCGCGAGUUCCCCUCCUCCUCCUUCUGAAGUCGCAGGUAUUGAGGGCAAUGGAGAAGGCCCAUCUACUCUGGAAGAGACCGAAGACACCCCAGGUAUUGAGGGCAAUGGAGAAGGCCCAUCUACUCUGGAAGAGACCGAAGACACCCCAGGUAUUGAGGGCAAUGGAGAAGGCCCAUCUACUCUGGAAGAGGCCGAAGACACCCCAGAGAAAGAUACGAGCAUUAUUACCAUUUUGAGCUCUCCCAUCUCGGUCGCGAGUUCCCCUCCUCCUCCUUCUGAAGUCGCAGGUAUUGAGGGCAAUGGAGAAGGCCCAUCUACUCUGGAAGAGACCGAAGACACCCCAGAUGACCCGGAAGAUGAUGACCGGCGCCAGGUGCUCGAAAUAUUUACAUAUACGUAUACCUUACUGGUCCUGAAGAAAUGAGAUGGAGUAGCAGAGUUACAUAGAAUUAACGUUGUUUAACCCUUUUGUAUUUGUAUUGUAUAAAUGUAGUUACCUGGUUCUAAUGAGAUGAGAUGGAGUAGGAGAGUUACAUAGAAUUAAAGUUGCUUAACCCUUUUGUAUUUGUAUUGUAUAAAUGUAGUUACCUGGUUCUAAUGAGAUGAGAUGGAGUAGGAGAGUUACAUAGAAUUAAAGUUGCUUAACCCUUUUGUAUUUGUAUUGUAUAACUGUAGUUACCUGGUUCUAAUGAGAUGAGAUGGAGUAGUAGAGUUACAUAGAAUUAAAGUUGUUUAACCCUUUUGUAUUUGAAUUGUAUAAAUGUAGUUACCUGGUUCUAAUGAGAUGAGAUGGAGUAGGAGAGUUACAUAGAAUUAAAGUUGCUUAACCCUUUUGUAUUUGUAUUGUAUAAAUGUAGUUACCUGGUUCUAAUGAGAUGAGAUGGAGUAGGAGAGUUACAUAGAAUCAAAGUUGCUUAACCCUUUUGUAUUUGUAUUGUAUAAAUGUAGUUACCUGGUUCUAAUGAGAUGAGAUGGAGUAGUAGAGUUACAUAGAAUUAAAGUUGUUUAACCCUUUUGUAUUUGAAUUGUAUAAAUGUAGUUACCUGGUUCUAAUGAGAUGAGAUGGAGUAGGAGAGUUACAUAGAAUUAAAGUUGCUUAACCCUUUUGUAUUUGUAUUGUAUAAAUGUAGUUACCUGGUUCUAAUGAGAUGAGAUGGAGUAGGAGAGUUACAUAGAAUUAAAGUUGCUUAACCCUUUUGUAUUUGUAUUGUAUAACUGUAGUUACCUGGUUCUAAUGAGAUGAGAUGGAGUAGUAGAGUUACAUAGAAUUAAAGUUGUUUAACCCUUUUGUAUUUGAAUUGUAUAAAUGUAGUUACCUGGUUCUAAUGAGAUGAGAUGGAGUAGGAGAGUUACAUAGAAUUAAAGUUGCUUAACCCUUUUGUAUUUGUAUUGUAUAAAUGUAGUUACCUGGUUCUAAUGAGAUGAGAUGGAGUAGGAGAGUUACAUAGAAUUAAAGUUGCUUAACCCUUUUGUAUUUGUAUUGUAUAAAUGUAGUUACCUGGUUCUAAUGAGAUGAGAUGGAGUAGGAGAGUUACAUAGAAUUAAAGUUGCUUAACCCUUUUGUAUUUGUAUUGUAUAACUGUAGUUACCUGGUUCUAAUGAGAUGAGAUGGAGUAGUAGAGUUACAUAGAAUUAAAGUUGUUUAACCCUUUUGUAUUUGAAUUGUAUAAAUGUAGUUACCUGGUUCUAAUGAGAUGAGAUGGAGUAGGAGAGUUACAUAGAAUUAAAGUUGCUUAACCCUUUUGUAUUUGUAUUGUAUAAAUGUAGUUACCUGGUUCUAAUGAGAUGAGAUGGAGUAGGAGAGUUACAUAGAAUUAAAGUUGCUUAACCCUUUUGUAUUUGUAUUGUAUAACUGUAGUUACCAGGUUCUAAUGAGAUGAGAUGGAGUAGUAGAGUUACAUAGAAUUAAAGUUGUUUAACCCUUUUGUAUUUGAAUUGUAUAAAUGUAGUUACCUGGUUCUAAUGAGAUGAGAUGGAGUAGGAGAGUUACAUAGAAUUAAAGUUGUUUAACCCUUUUGUAUUUGAAUUGUAUAAAUGUAGUUACCUGUGAAUAAAAUGUUUUGCAAGUGAUGACGUUGAUCUAAGG